GCGCCCGGCGCGCGCCCCCUCGUUCUUCACGCCGGGCUGCGGAGGAGUCGGGGUUGCGGUGGAGUCGGGGCUGCGGUGUCGCCGUGGGCUCAGCCAGGGGCAUCCCGGCCUCCCCUCGCCCUCCCGGCUGGGCCGCGGAGCUGCCCCGCCUCCCCUCCGCGGGAGGGUGGUGGCGGCGGGGGCAGCGAUGCGAGGCUCGGCCUCCUCCUCCCUCUCCCCGUAAGCGCCGGCGGGGCCUUCGCCCGCCUCUCAGCGCUGAAGCCGCUUCACUUCGGGGUCUCUGGUCGCCCCCUCCCGUGGGGCUGCGCGGGGCCUCGCGGAGAAGGCGUCUCGGAGCCCCCCGCUGCUGCCGGCGGGGAACGGGACAGGCGUCAUGUGGCAGAGCAUCGGGCUGACCUUGCUGGUGAUCGUGGCCACCUUGGCCUGCGUGCUGCUCUUCAUGCUGUGCGAAUAGUAAUCAGAAUCACAGAAGGGUGGGAAUUGGAAUGGACCUCUGGAGAUCAUCUAGGCCAACCCCUCUGCUAAAGGAGGUUCACCUAGACCAGGUUACGCAGGACUGUGUCCAGAUUACUUUCAAGUUCUUAAGCCCCACUUCCACACGUGUCGUCUUCCCCCAAGACUCCUCCAUCAGCAAACACCGUGGCACUUUGUCUCAAAAUAGAAGCAGCUCCCAUCAAGAAGACCAUCUUGGAAGGUCCAGAGAGCAACAAGUGCGUGAAAUUACCACAUAUACAAAUAGAACAGUUUUAUGUAUCAAUGAGAUAAUGCUUCUCUACAAAGGUCAGCAGGGGAUUUCAGUAUCUCUGCCUUUCACAUCAACUGUUUAUCGUGAUCUUCUUGAACUCCUUAUCUUGAUCAUUACAGCUUUCAUCACUAUUACUACAUUUUGUCAAGAAACCCUUCUGAUGCUGCUAGAGGGAGGGAGGCUGCCUCUAGACAUGUAGAAGCAGAAGACCUGAAGGUGAAAGAGAGGUUCGAAAAGUAUUCUGCAAGGCUAUGGAGAAUUGCAGGGAGAACUCCAUCCAAAAGGAAGGCAAGCAGCAACAUUAAGAGGCUGAUGGAAACAGAGAACUUGAAUCAACAUGCAUUUCUCCUCAUUUUGCUAACUGACCAAGUUCCUCUUUCUGGUGUGAGGUGGUACGUGUAUAAACACUGUAAGACCAAACUGUUAGCUAAUCCUCUGGUUCUGGAAUCAACCUGACAAAGGGGUAGGGUAGUGAAACAUUGUAAUCCGUUUAAGUAAACGAAAUUAAAUCUCUUCUUGGCCAGUUUUAAAGAUCAAGUCAUAAAAGCCUGGAACAGUUCUGUUGUAUACAUUUCCCUUGGAAAGUAUCUGCUUGAGAUUUUCUCUUUGUUAAUUGGGUCUGAAACAUCCAUUACAGAGUAGUUUGUUUCCAGCUUUAGUCAAUAUUUUUCAAAUGUGCAGUAUUUGUAUUAAUUGACUCCAGCUCUCUCAACUCUCAAAUAUUAUCUGAGGACAGGACAAAUAAUGUUUACUUGAUACCUGUCAGAUUUUUUCCUCAUGUCAGAGUAUGGACAGGAAAACUAUCUGUAGAAACCAAUUUAUUAAAUUAGCUGUGGUCCUUUCCAUUUUGUAAGACUCUUCAUUUUGUGGGUUGUUUUCCUGAGUAACAGAUUUUUUAAAAGCAGGUUAAUUUCUCCACACACAUUACAAGUUAAACCUGUUUAAAUUCUGAUGUCUUCGGGACGUUUGUUUACCUUAUGUAUUAAUUUUGUUUUAUCAUUUCCAUGAUGACAGCUAUCUGCACGCACUGAUUCUACCACACUGGUUUUGUUUCUGCCAAACAAGCAAAAUAUAUGGAAAAUGUUUGUGAGAUGGUCUUUAUUGUCUUCUUAGGACUUGAAUUAUUUUUAAGGCAGGGCCAUGGCAACUAGCACAGUCAAAAACAUUGUGUAAGCUGGGAGUAUUGCCAUUGCAUUCUUUGCCACAUUGGGUCAGAUCCUGCCUUUCUUAGCAGUGGUAUGUUUGUUGCUACCUUAUUUUUCUUCCACUAUUGCCACACAAAACAAGGACUUAGGAUAUGCUUUUGUAAACAGGUUCGUACACAGUUUAAAAGAUUGCUGCAACAUUAACUGUUUGUCCCCUCCCUCUCCUACAGGUACACUAGUUUUCAAACCAUUCAUUUUACUGCUCUGGUCUCAGUUCACACUUUGCCAGCGCUGGCUCAGGAAAGGACCUGAGGGAAGAGGGUGAAAUGGUCAUUUUCAGCAUCAGUGUAGCCUUAGGCAUACCAAAACUGAUUGUGAAGUUGCACCUCUAAUUAGGGCUUUGGACUCAGAGCAUGGCCAUCCUUGCAAAGUACCCUAACCUAAGAUAUUUCCAUGCAAGCAGGUGCAGAUUACUUUCAUGCAGUUCAGCUUGCACUAAUCCUUGAAUUAGGAGUGCAGGGCAGACCUCCUUCUCCUAUGCAGAACCCCGUGCAAAGGUGGCCACACUGCUUCCAAAUCUAGGGCGGCAAGAAAGUGUUGCACUGUAUAGCCUUCUCAAAUCCAGUCUUUAUCAGCUUGGUGCUUUGCACAACCAAAUGGCAAAAUUUGCACCUCCUGAAAGGAGGAGUAGGAGAUUUCUUAUAGCAGAUCACAGAGGUAGGUUCAGUCGAGACACAGUGACUAUCAUCUUUUGAGUGGGAAAGCAUGAUUCCUAUCCUCAGGGAACUCUUCUUCCCUGUUGUUAAGACCAUUGAGUAUGAUGACAGUCCACUUGUAAGGGACCAGAAGAGUGCUUCUGGACAGGGUGUUAAAUACUGAUUUAAUCAAGUACUUAACUCUUUUUUUUCCCCACUUUGUUUUCUUUAAUUGUCUAGAGCUUACAAAUCUAGUAAAUCAAAUAUUUCUCCUACCAGUAGUAUUGAAUUUCAUGCAAAGUGCUGUGGGCAGGUAGCCAGAACAACAACAAAGCCACUUUGAAAGUAUUUAUCUCCAGCAAUACUUUAUACUUCUCAUUGCUGUCUAUCUGAAUCUUUCAGUGUAUUUUAAACUGUCAGGGAAUUAAACCUUGCAAGUAAGGCUAUCUCUCUUUUCCGAGUGGAGAAACCAAAACCCAAAGGGAUUACAAAUAGAAUUUGGAGACCCCUUUGUGUUUUGAGUUCUACCCUAGCCCUGGGACCCACUGACAACAAGAGGGCUAUUCACAAAGCAUGAUAACUGUCUAAUAUGAAUCUGGCUGUGUGACUUACCUGUCAACAUGAGCUUAGUCUAGAAAGGGAUGCCAUGUCUCCUGAUUCUUGGUUGUGCACUUCAGUUACACUACUGGC